AUGCCCCCAGCCCGCUGUCUACACCGCAGGUGGCGGUUUGCAAACGAUGACUUUUUUCGCUUUGUUCCCUUCUUUGUAAUUUCCAGUCUAGUCUGCUACCUAUCGUUGCUCUUUGUACACGAGCAAGAAGACCCGGACAUUCUCGACUUGUUCAAGCUAGUUCGUGUGCUAUUUCUGCUUCUUCUUUUCGCGGACCCGCUCCUGGGCUUCUGGUCUACACGCGGAGCAAUUUACGAUCACAAAAACCGCCGCCGAUUUUUGGAUACGUUUUUAGGGUACCGGUUUCUGUUAGCGUGUGGGUUGAACAUUCUGCUCGUGUACAAGUUGCUGUUUUCCCCGCUGUCAUUGUGGAAAGUCAACUACCGGGUCGAUCCCCCGAGGGCACGGACGGUACGUAACGAGGAGCAAACGUUUGGACAUGGCAGUAAAGAUCAAGAUGGGGGCCUUUCGAAACCUAUCGGAGCCCCCUCUGCUCGAGGCGUCCCUCUCGAAAGAAAUCCGACUGCGAAGAAACCUGAAAAGCAUAACGGAAGAGCGGUUGCUCUUGCUGCCGAACUCAAAACGCUUUCGCAGGCCGAUAGUGCCGGCACUGCAUUUGACUCUGGUGAGACAGUAUCGGCGACGGACGGUCCUGUUGCGACGAGUUCACCGGAUUUCGCACAUCAAGAGCACCAGCAGACCGAAGCCGUCACUUCCCCCGGAGAGGAAGGUGGUGCCGAGUGGGACUCUUUCCGGGAAGAGAUUGCUAUCCGGAGGAGGGUCCUCAGCUCGUGGGAACACCGCGAGCCUUCAGCUGCCUCUCGACAGGACGGAUCGGAUGAUCGCUUGCCACCCCCAUCAACCUCCAAACCAUCCGCCUCCAGAUCUGCUCCACCGCAGAGGCACUACAGCACGUCGUGGACAGAGGAGAAAGAAUUUAUGAGUAGGUUUGUGGAGAACUUCGCCCUGCUCACUCUGACACUGCACACAAUCUUUUCUUCCAUCGCCCUCUUUGGCUUAUUUUUCGUUCUAUCGGACAGCAAACGAGGAGGAAGCACGCGGUCCGACUUACUGAUUCGGAAGCUCAUACUGGAUGUGCGGUUGAAGAAGCCCGAAGGCACGGAGGAAACAUCUUUCCUACUGGGCCGGUGGACCCGGAACUUGAUUCAGCGAGCCUUGCGGAUUCUUGGUAGAGUUGUACCUGGAUGUUUUCUUGAGAAAAGUGGCAAAGCGGUUCUUUCUUCUCGGUAGAGGCUACUGACCCAUGUCUGUCCUGCUCCCUUAAUACUGAUUUCAAUAUCUAAAUCUUCAGGCACCCCCGACGAAGUAAAGGACGUGCUUCUGACUUACGUCGCGACCCUGGUUGGCGGCCAUGCCAAUCUCUGCUGGUCGGAUUUCCAGGCUGCCACCGACUUGGCCAUCUCCCCAAAUUUCGGCGGUCGCGUGCCCCUUCCCUACGUGGAGGAGGGUGUGGACGUGGAUUUUCACAAAGACGACGCCUCGCUCCGGUUGAUGUUCGAAUUCCUGAACUACAGCGAGAUCGUGUACGGCUGGCCCCAGUUUUGCAGCAUGGCGAUCGGCGACAGUCGGAAGAUCUGGAAUUUGGUCACGCAGGUGGAGGUCGGGAACAAGUCCGUCUGCGUCGGCGACAACUAUUUGCAAUUGAACGAGCGGGCGAUCCUGCUCAUGCUCUACCACAGGGAACGACAGUACAUGCAGAAAGAGAAGUUUUCCGUCGUGGUUUCGAAAAAAGUGAGCGAUUAUGGAACGACGAGCGGCACAGGAGCCGCUGUCACAGGGCUGCAGCCAAGAGAUUCAGGUAGCGGGGGCAAAGACCCGGUGUUGGGUUUAGAACAGGAAGUUGCUGAUGAUGCAGAUGACCACCAAGUAGAAAUGGCACAGGGCGCCACAAUGUUGACAGAACCUUUGGUAGCGAGUGCCGGUAAAAACGAGGGCAAUAGACCAGGAGCUUGCUUUGCUGCACUCGCUGGGGCGGGCCAUAGCAAAGGAGAAGAAAUUGCCUCUACGCCACAGCAGCGACUAAACUAUGGGGAAGGUGAGCUGCGCGACACCUCCGUUUUCAUGCACCCAGCAGUCAGCAGCCGACAAACGGGGACUCACAGGCUCGCGCCUGCUCCGAACGACUUUACAAAAAUGUCUACCGGUGUAUCGCGAAAUACGAUUUCCAGCGGAUCGGCUGCGUCACUGUCAGGCAGCACCACAGCAAAAAGUCGCAGCCGAAGCGUCCCCCGUUGCGCAAGCGCUUCUAAGCCAAAACUCAAACCCGACCGAAUGCAAUUGAGCGUCCUAGCAGAUGUCUUCGUGGAUUGUACUCGCAUGACGGUAACGGACUGUCGUGAUGCGAAGAAUUCGCUGCGUCGCGCAAGUCACAUCGCAAACUCUAACUUUCUCUCUACCUCCGGAGGCGUGAG